AUGAAGCUGAAUGUGACGGAAGAGAACUCUCCAUGGACGCUAGAUACUCCAGGCGGCCGUGGAUUAGGCUCGAAACAAAACUCGUUGCAAGGUGUUUCAAGCGCUCUCAAGCUUUCAGAUCCACCCGUUGGGGUCGUUACGGAUGUCGGAGCAUCCCCUGAAAGUACCCGCAGUGACGCUAACCCAUAUCAGCGUGAUAACGAAAGGGGGACGGAAACUACUCACAGCCACUCUAAAAUUGACUCUCCGAAGGGGGAAGCGCUGCCUGAACCGUCGACGCACGCGUUGCCGCUCACUCCAGAGCAAAAUUCCCCGUCAGCACCGUUGAGCAUCGCCCCAGUGGUAAAGAGUGGGCAGACCAAAAUCCUCUGUGUUUCUACAAUAUCUCCGGACCUACCAGAGUUCAACUUCGAGGAAAAGGCAAUUCAAGUCACAGGAGCAGAUUCGCCCGUUGCCCUAGAAGAGCUAGGGAUCAGCGUCGUGUGCAAAAAGGGUUACAAGCCAAACUGCUCAAACAAUGACGGAUUCUUUGUUUCACAUGUUCGUGGGUGUACAGUCUGCUGCGUCCUCGACGGGCAUGGCCCAUUCGGUCACGAGGUCUGUCAUGUCGUCCAGCAAGACUUACUCAAGCUAACUACGGACAAUCCAGAUCUGCCAGUCAAAGCAAAACGUGUACUUCGAGAAGCUUUUCUAAAGGCCCACAGCAACCUGCAAGCGAAGUGCAAUCCAUUCAGACUGGACAGCAAGCUCAGUGGCACUACCGUUACCAUCCUAGUGUACUUGAGAGAACAAAACAAACUGUUUGUUGCUCAUGUCGGCAAUAGCCGAGCUGUGCUUUGCAAGUUUAACAAAUCUGAUUCCGGGGUCCAUGCUGUUGACCUCACAGUGGACCAUACUCCUACCAACAGUAAGGAGUUGCGGCGGAUCGUCAAAGCUGAGUACAAAGUCGAUGAAAAACGAGACAACUUCCUCCUACUUUGCACUGAUGGUGUCUGGAACGUCAUCUCAUCGCAAGAGGCAGUUGAGAUUGCCCAUUCUGCCAAGCAAAAAGAAUGGAGAACUGCCCCAGAAGAACUGGCUCGAGAGUCGUGGCGCCGGUGGAUCAACGAGGAACAAAUCUUCGCAGACGACAUGACUGUACUCUUCCUGAAACUCUGUUGA